AUAUAAAGACAUUACAAGCUAAUAGUUGAAAAAAAAAAGAAAAAUAUCUUUGUUAGAUUUGUAAUAACCAAUUGAAAGGAGAUAUGGCAGAUGCAGUGGUGAAUUUUCUGGUAGAGAAUUUGUUGCAGCUAUUGGAGGUGCAAAGGGAGAAUUGGAAAAUCUACUCAAAAUUGCUCAACUCAAAGCAUUUUUAGAUGAUGCUGCAAAAUUCGGAUACACGAAUAGUGAGCAGUGGAAAGUUUUGGUGAUAGAAAUUCAUAAAACUGUGCACAGAGCUGAAGAUGCCAUUGAUAAAUUUCUGGUUUAAGCAAAGCUGCAUCAAGAUAAAAAUACGAUGGGAAGGAUAUUCGAUUGGCCACGUAAUCUGAUUAAAGUUAGGAAUCUUGCUGCUGAGAUUAAAGGAAUAAAUGAUCAAGUCAAAGAACUUCGUAGCAGCAAUCAAGCACUUCAGGCCACCCCUGUUAUUGAGCACCAUAAAAAAGAGGAAGUAACUCAGGGUCCUUCUUUGGAGAAUGAUGCAGUGGUCGGGUUUGAUGACGAAGCUAAUAAAGUGAUCAAGCGACUUGUUGAAGGACCGAUGGACAGUGUGGAUAUUAUCCCAGUUGUGGGAAUGCCCGGACUUGGAAAAACUACACUGGCAAGAAAAAUCUAUAAUGAUUCUAAGCUUACAAAUAAAUUUUAUAGCAUUGUUUGGGUUUACGUCGGUCAGGAAUGCAAAGCAAAGGAUAUUUAUCUUAGGAUUCUUAAAUUCUUCAAAAAAACCAUAGAAGAUCAUCUCAAUGACGAUGUGGACACAUUUGGCUAAGGCAAUAGGUAGUUAUAUCAAGAAAGGAGGUAGAUGUCUCAUUGUUUUAGAUGAUGUGUGGGAAGUUGAGUUAUGAUCAUUUGCCCCAAGAAGUGCAGAUGUGCUUCUUGUAUUGUGGUGUCUUUCCUCGAGGCUUUGAUAUCCCUUGUUGGAAAUUGAUUCGUUUGUGGAUAGCAGAGGGGUUGAUAAAGCCGCAGCCUAACUUCACUCUAGAGGAGAUAGCAGAGUUUUGUUUGACAGAUCUUCUCAACAGAAAUUUAGUAAUAAUAAUGCAAAAGAGGUCUGAUGGUCAAAUAAAAACAUGUCGUCUUCACGAUAUGUUGUAUCAGUUCUGCAAAAAGGAGGCUAGUAACAGAUGGCUUUUUCAAGAACCUGAUCAAUCUACCCUGGACCCAGAUACUUGCCGUCAAUUGUGUAUUCAACCAUCUAAUCUGUCUGACUUUCUCUCCAAACACCUUUUGCAGAACAUGUCAGAUCUUUCUAUUGUUUUUCCUCAAAACAAAAACCAAUUGACUUGUCUCCUAAUGAAAUCAAACUCAUUCACAAAGCCUUUCCACUUAUGAGAGUCUUGGAUGUUGAAUCUCUCAAGUUUAUUUUCUCCAAAGACUUCAACCAAUUAUUUCAUUUGAGGUAUAUUGCUAUCUCAGGUGACUUUAAGGCCCUCCCUCCUACCUUUGGUAAAUUCUGGAAUUUACAAACUCUAAUACUUAAUACAAGUACCUUAGAGCCCACUCUUGAAGUAAAAGCAGAAAUAUGGAACUUGUUACAGUUGAGGCAUCUCCACACCAACAUACCUGCAAAAUUGCCAUCCCCGACUACCACCACAGGUAAACCUUCUUGUCUACAGACUCUUUCUAUGGUUGCGCCAGAAAGUUGUGAGAAAGAUGUGCUAGCAAAGGCCUGUAAUGUAAGAAAAUUGAGCAUUCAAGGGCAAAUGGCGGCUUUUCUUGGUGCUUACAAGGGUGGUAUCAACAAUCUUGAAGAGCUACAGUGUCUGGAACAUUUGAAAUUGUUGAAUGAUGUUCUUUUCAUAAAUAAAACACUUCACCUUCCACUAGCAUUCUCCAAACUGGUACGUACGGUGAAGAAGUUGACUCUGACAAACACAAGGUUUGCUUGGAGUGAGGCGGAUAAAUUGGGGGACGUUUGGAAUCUCUUUGAGGUCCUAAAGUUUAAGAAAAUGCAUUCACGGGUGAUCUCUGGAAGCCAAAGAGUGGAUUUAGCGCACUCCAAGUCUUGUGGAUUGAAAGGUCAGAAUUAGAAUCUUGGGAGGCUUCGGUUAUUAACUUCCCCGUGCUUAGGCAACUUGUUCUUAUCUCUUGUGAUGAGCUCGAUGCUGUGCCACUUGAGCUGGCUGAUAUACUUAGCCUUCAAGAGAUGAGACUUGAGAACACAAGCAAAGCAGUAAAAUCCGCAAAAAGUGUUCGGGAUAGCAAGACAUCUAAAGCAUGGAACUCAAGCUAAGCAUAUUCCCUCCUGAAAAUGAAUCCAAGGUUCCACAGUGAUAUAAAAGGAGAGAACUUGGACAUUGAGUUUGCUGGAAGCCAGAGCUCAUCAGACAAAUAACUGGAGUAGUGUGAUUUUGAAAUAAGGCUAGUUCUGCUGCAUCUCGAGUUCCCCUUUAUGUAAAUUGUUUUUUUUUCUUGGUUGUGAAACUGUUUGCAUCUUUCCUAUUCUGUUAUCUUUGUAUUUGCUUUGUUUCAUUUGUGUAAAACUGUUGUUUGCAUCUUUCCUAUUCUGUUAUCUUUGUAUUUGCUUUGUUUCAUUCGUGUAAAACUGUUGUUUUAAUCUAUCAUUGUUUUUGUUGAAAGA